AUGUAAUGACGUCUAAUAAUCCGUGAGAUAAAUAAUGUUAUAAGUUAUUAUGUGGCCUCGUCACCGUAAAACAAACGUGACGUCGAAGUCACACAACAUAUAUCUUGGGCCGGUCUUAUUAUUGUGUGUAUCAACGCACGUUUCAUAUAUCUCGGUAGUAGGUAUUGACGAUCAUAACAGUAACCAUUAUGAGUGCGUUGAUCGGUUACUCGCGUUGUUUCUUGACAAUAAUAUUGAUAUUGCGGCCAAUAACCCAAUGUUUCUCGCAACAAGCUCCGAAGAAACAACCUCACAUUAUACUUAUUGUAGCAGAUGAUUUAGGUUGGAAUGAUGUAGGAUUUCACGGAUCAGUUCAAAUACCAACACCAAAUAUAGAUGCUUUAGCUUAUAAUGGAGUAAUAUUGAAUCGUCAUUAUGUCCAACCAACAUGUACUCCUUCGAGAGCUGCAUUAUUAACAGGAAAAUAUCCAAUACGAUACGGGCUUCAGGGUACUCCUAUUAUUGCAGGCCAACCUUUAGCAUUACCAAUAACUGAGAAAAUUUUACCUCAGUAUUUAAAAGAUUUGGGAUAUGCAACUCAUUUAGUAGGAAAAUGGCAUUUAGGAUCUUAUGAAAGACGAUUUACUCCCACUGAACGAGGGUUUGAUACCCAUUUUGGGUAUUGGAAUGGAUUUAUAAGUUACAGAAACAGCACUCAUAGUACUAAUAAAUUUAGUGGAAAAGAUGCUCGACGUGGAUUCAAACGAGCUGGCAAUGAAAUGAGUGACAAAUACGCUACUGAACUUUUCACAGAAGAAGCAUCAAAAGUUAUUGAAUCACAAAAAAAUCAAGAAAAACCUAUGUUUCUUAUGAUUAGUCAUUUAGCCGUACAUACUGGAGAUCCUGGGCCUAAUCUUCUAGAAGUUUCCAAUAAAACAUACAAUAAUGAAAUAUUCAAGUAUAUUAAAAAUGAAGAUAGAAGACUUUUUGCCGGUAUGAUGAAAUCUUUGGAUGACUCAGUUGGCAGUAUUAUUAAGUCUCUAGAUAAUAACGGAUUACUUGAAGAUAGUAUUGUUUUGUUCAUCGCAGAUAAUGGUGCUCCAGCUGACGAUCCAAUUUGGGGCUAUGGAAAUUCUGGUUCUAAUUGGCCACUGAGAGGGGAAAAAGGAGCUGUACUUGAAGGUGGUGUGCGUGGAGUGGCUGCUUUUUGGAGUCCAUGGUUGAAAAAGAAAAGUAGAGUGUCUGAAAACACUUUUCAUAUUACAGAUUGGUUGCCGACAUUAUAUGCAGCAGCAGGUGGUAAUUUUGAAGAUUUAGGUAGAAUCGAUGGUAUUGAUCAAUGGAAUAGUUUAACGGAAUCAUCAAAAGUUUUGAGACACUUGACUUUAAUAAACAUUGAUGAAAUUAGAGGAGAAGAAGCGUUGGUUUUUAACCAAUGGAAAAUCGUAAAAAGUAAUCGUACUAGUGAUAUUGUAUACUUUCUCAGAUACAGUGGUGACCCUGGUGAUACUGGGCCUGAAUAUGACAUGGAUAUUGUUAUGGCCAGCAGUGUUGGAUCUCAUCUAUCUAAAAUUAAUUGUAAAAUUACAAAAGAAGAAUGCAUGGACUCAGUUACCUCAAGUCAGCUCUUUUAUAACAUCCGAUCUCAAGCUAGAGUACACGAUAAGUGUUCCGAGCGUAUUCAAAAUCCAAGCGAGCACUAUGAAUGUUUCGAUGAUUACUGUUUAUUCGAUAUAGAAAAUGACCCAUGUGAAUACACCAAUGUAGCAAAAAAACACCCUCAACUUUUAAGUAUGUUUUUAGACAUGAUGUCUCAAUUUAAAGUAGAAAUAAUAAAACAAAAAAUACCCACUAUCGAUUCAAAAUCUGAUCCAAAAAAUUUUAACGGAUAUUGGGAAACAUGGACAGAUUAUGGAGGAUCAACAGAAAAUAAAUCAAAUUUACCUGUGUUCGUUUUAGGAACGUUAUUUGGUGUAGCAGAGGUAUUGAUUUACAUGGCUAUUCUAUUUUAACUUAUAACAAUUCUAUUUACAAAUCUAUCAAACCACACAACAAUUGUAGCAAAAGUAAUAAUUGGAACACUUUUUAAAAUAAAUUUAAGAAUAUUAUAAUAGUCUUGUACACUAUUUAUUACAUUUAUAAUUGUUAUGUACAUUAAUUUACAAUGAUUUAAUUUUUAAUUUUACAUAAUUACAUAAAAAUUUUACAAACAAAAAACAAAAUUAAUUGUUUAUAAAAAAAGUAAUAAAAUAAUUUUUACACUUUAUUAAACUAAAUUUAAAAAAAUACAAUAAUUUUUUUUAUUUAAAAAAUCAUGUGAUUAAAAUUUUUUUUUUAUGUUAUAAAGCUAGAAAUUUUAUGUAUUUGAAUCAUUUAUAAGUUACACUAAUGAAACACGAGUCGAUGACCAAUUCAAUAGAGGUGGACAAUUUGUGAAGCUUAGCUCAUAUUUAAUAUUAAGAGAAUUAAAUUCCUUCACCUACGAUAA